UUUACCAGAAGCUCAGCUCUUUAGGGCUCUUAUUUCUCUCUUUCUCGCGAUGGACAUUCUGUCUGUGCGAUCAGUGCACUAUGCCAAGCAGGACGAGCAAAUGUACAAGCAGUGGUUUGAUUUUGCGGACGAAGAUGGGGAUGGGCGUAUCACCGGCGCCGAUGCGGUGAAAUUCUUUUCGCUCUCGCAGCUGCCGCGGUCGCAUCUCAAGCAGGUCUGGGCAGUGGCGGAUUCUAAGCGGCAAGGCUUUCUUGGAUUCAAGGAAUUCGUUGCUGCGAUGCAAAUCAUAGCACUAGCACAGCUCGGGAAUGAAAUAUCCGCGGACAUGCUGAGAGAUAGAGAUGUCGAUGAGAUUAGUCCGCCCAACAUGGAAGGCUUGGAACAAAUGAUACUGGCAAGAAAGAGAGCGCCUCCGACUGGGGACGUCUUCACCAACGGCACAUCUCCACAACUACAAGCAGAGACGGCCCAGUGGUUUGCGACAAAACAACCAAGAAAGAUUCCUUCGACGUCAGUAACAUCAGUGGUUGAUGGUCUAAAGAAACUUUACCUGGAAAAGCUGAAACCUUUGGAGGUUACGUAUCGCUUCCAUGAUUUUGUGUCUCCUACAUUGACUGAAAGCGACUUUGAUUGCAAGCCCAUGGUGAUGCUUCUUGGACAAUAUUCCACCGGGAAAACAACGUUUAUUAAGCAUCUAUUAAGAACAAGCUAUCCAGGCGCUCACAUUGGACCUGAGCCUACGACGGAUCGUUUCGUCGUUGUUAUGGAUGGAACAGAUGAACGGAGUGUUCCAGGAAACACGAUUGCUGUGCAGGCGGACAUGCCAUUUAGCGGCCUUACGAAAUUUGGAACUGCUUUUCUCUCCAAGUUUGAGUGUUCUCAGAUGCCACAUCCGCUACUGGAGCACGUUAGCUUUGUUGAUACUCCCGGAGUGUUAUCGGGAGAAAAGCAAAGAACACAACGCAGCUACGAUUUUACAGGCGUUACGGAAUGGUUUGCUGCCAAAUGCGACCUGAUACUACUGCUCUUCGACCCCCACAAGCUUGAUAUCAGUGACGAGUUUAAACGAGUGAUUGGAUCCCUGCGUGGACACGACGAUAAGAUCCGUGUUGUUCUUAACAAAGCCGAUCAAGUCGAUACUCAACAACUUAUGAGGGUGUAUGGAGCAUUGAUGUGGUCGCUCGGGAAAGUACUGAACACACCCGAAGUGAUGCGUGUCUAUAUCGGGUCCUUCAACGAUAAGCCCAUCAACGACCGUGCACUGGGUCCUAUUGGCAAAGAACUGUUUGAGAAGGAGCAAAACGACUUACUGGCAGACCUCAAAGACAUUCCAAGGAAAGCCUGUGACCGCAAGAUCAACGAGUUUGUAAAACGCGCGAGAGCAGUCAAGAUACACUCGUACAUUGUAGGCCACCUGAAGAAGGAAAUGCCGGCGAUGAUGGGAAAAACUAAAGCUCAGCAGCGGCUGGUGGAUAACUUGGAAGAAGAGUUUAGAAAGGUACAAAGAGAACAGCGCUUGCCUCCGGGUGACUUCCCGGACGUGGAUGCCUUUAGAGAGAGGCUGAGUGGCUACAACUUCGAUAAAUUUGAGAAGCUCAAGCCAAGGAUGAUUCAAUCGGUGGAUGACAUGCUGGGCCACGACAUUCCCAACCUUCUCAAGAAAUUCAGAAAUCCGUACGACUAAUCCGGGCUUUUGUUUAAUAAAAUAACUGCAUAACCAAGUCAAAACUGCACUUUGACUCCUACAGCAAAGAGGGAGUGAUUAAAAGGUACCAUGGAAUAAUUCCCAAGGCAAUAAGGAUAAUAUGAACUUUAGAUUAACA